AGCCGUGAACUCUUUUACAACGAAUCGUCGGAGGACAGCUUUCUCCUUGAGCGCCUUUGUCCUCAUUUGUGUCACUCCUGUUAAGGAAACAUGAUCUGUUUAAACAGCUGUUUUCCCCUAACAGCACUUGAGUGGACUUUAACUUAGAGACAUUUCGCCGCCAUACAGUUUAAUACAUGGAGGGUUUGGCGAGCGCACGCUGGUUGCAGAUCUGCAGUGUUCACCAGCAGUGAUCAAAGUUGGCUGUUUCACAACGCAAGAGUCCGGGAGAUCACUCCGGCCACGUGAGAUGACGUACAUGACCGCUACGGGUGCUCGAGAGAGUUCAGUCAGUUCAGUUCACCUCUCGAGCCAGCCCUGAGCGAGCUUUCAGCUUUGCCAUUCCCCUUAUUUCCCCGACUGUUAAGCUCGUGUCUGAGACGUCUUCCCGUCGCCGUGUUUUUAGUCCCUUUCUGUCAGAAUGGAGUGUCGCGUGCUGUCCGUGCAGAGUCACGUGGUGCGCGGUUACGUGGGGAACAAGUCUGCGUGCUUCCCGUUACAGGUGCUCGGCUUUGAAGUGGACUCCAUCAACUCCGUCCAGUUCUCCAAUCACACAGGUUAUGGGCAUUGGAAGGGGCAAGUCCUGAAUGCGGAUGAACUGCAGGUGCUUUAUGAAGGACUGAGACUAAACCAGCUCAUGCAGUAUGACUAUAUACUCACAGGCUACAGCAGAGAUGAGUCUUUCCUGCAGAGGGUUGUUGAUAUGAUCCAGGAACUGAGGAACAUAAACCCCAAACUGGUGUACGUGUGUGACCCUGUGAUGGGAGACCAUGGCUCAAUGUAUGUUCCGGAGGUGUUGUUGCCAGUUUAUAAGGAGAAAGUGGUUCCCAUCGCCGAGAUCCUGACACCCAACCAGUUCGAAGCAGAGUUGCUGACGGGCAGGAAAAUCACGUCUGAGCAGGAUGCUUUGGAGGUGAUGGCUGCGCUCCAUGAUGCUGGUCCUCAUACUGUAGUCAUCACCUCAUCUGACCUGCCGUCGCCACGGGGACCAGAGUACCUGGUGGCACUGGGAAGCCAGAGAACAGUGUGUGAGGACGGCUCGGUGAAGACCCAGUGUGUGCGGAUGGACGUCCCUCGUGAGGAUGCUGUGUUCGUGGGGACCGGAGAUCUCUUCGCUGCUCUGCUGCUGGCCUGGACACACACACACCCCAAGGACCUGAAGACUGCUUGUGAGAAGACCGUCUCAACCAUGCACCACGUCAUCAAGAGGACCAUGGCCUAUGCCCGCACGGUGGCGGUGGGGAGACGGCCCACUGCAGCUGAGCUGGAGCUGCGGAUGAUUCAGAGUAAAGCCGACAUCGAGGGGCCAUCCAUCGUCGUGGAGGCCCAGCUCAUCUAACCCUCAUCCAUCCAUCUCCAUGGAGACCCAGCUCAUCUAACACUCAUCCAUCCAUUUCAAUGGAGACCCAGCUCAUCUAACCCUCAUCCAUCCAUCACCAUGGAGACCCAGCUCAUCUAACCCUCAUCCAUCCAUCACCAUGGAGACCCAGCUCAUCCAUCACCAUGGAGACCCAGCUCAUCUAACCCUCACACUGCAUCCAUCCAUCUCCAUGGAGACCCAGCUCAUCCAUCGUCGUGGAGGCCCAACUCAUCUAACCCUCAUCCAUCCAUCACCAUGGAGACCCAGCUCAUCUAACCCUCAUCCAUCCAUCACCAUGGGGACCCAGCUCAUCUAACCCUCAUCCAUCCAUCACCAUGGAGACCCAGCUCAUCUAACCCUCAUCCAUCCAUCACCAUGGAGACCCAGCUCAUCCAUCACCAUGGAGACCCAGCUCAUCUAACCCUCACACUGCAUCCAUCCAUCUCCAUGGAGACCCAGCUCAUCCAUCGUCAUGGAGGCCCAACUCAUCUAACCCUCAUCCAUCCAUCACCAUGGAGACCCAGCUCAUCUAACCCUCACACUGCAUCCAUCCAUCUCCAUGGAGACCCAGCUCAUCCAUCACCAUGGUGACCCAGCUCAUCUAACCCUCAUCCAUCCAUCACCAUGGAGACCCAGCUCAUCCAUCACCAUGGUGACCCAGCUCAUCUAACCCUCAUCCAUCCAUCACCAUGGAGACCCAGCUCAUCUAACCCUCACACUGCAUCCAUCCAUCUCCAUGGAGACCCAGCUCAUCCAUCACCAUGGAGACCCAGCUCAUCGAACCCUCAUGCAUCCAUCACCAUGGAGACCCAGCUCAUCUAACCCUCACACUGCAUCCAUCACCAGCGUUCCAUCCCACACUGUAGAACCCCAUCAGCAGUUCAUCCCACACAGUAGAACCCCACCAGCGUUCCAUCCCACACUGUAGAACCCCAUCAGCGUUCCAUCCCACACUGUAGAACCCCAUCAGCAGUUCAUGUCAUUCCGUCCAUGAAGUGGAAUCCUAAAACAGCUGAUUUUAUUCCGUCCAUGAAUUGGAAUCUUAAGAGUGUAUUCCUCUGCUAGUCAUUCCAUCUAUUGGAAUCUUAAGAGUGUAUUCCUGUCCUAGUCAUUCCAUCGAUUGUUUCCUCUCCUCUCCAUCUCUUCAUCCAAACGGUUAUUUCAGGGGGGUAUUUGGUUGGCCGUAAUUAAUUGACAGUACAGGGGUAUUUGGGUUUGAGGGUAUUUGGAGGGGGGUAUUUGGGUGGAGGAGAUUUAGCUGGGGAGUGUGGGUAGUAUUUCACAAUUCACUUCCAAUCAUUUGGUUAAUUUACACAACAGAGCGUCUUUGCUUUGAGGAACCUGGCGAUCCACUCGUGGGGUGUCCAUUCAUGGUGAUCCAUUCCUGGGGAUACACUUAAGGGGGGGUCCACUCCUGGUGAUCCAUUCCUGCUUUAUUACUGACGAUACACCGAGGCCUUAUGGGGACAGACCUACAUACAGACAGACCUAACAUGCAUACAAAUGUUCUAGAACACACACACACACACACACAUAUGAAGCGUAUGUCUAUAAGGGAUUUAAUGUGAACGUGAACCACGCUGCCUUGGUGGUGAAUUCAGAGGGCAGCUUCUGGUCUGUGUGGCGUGCUGCUCCCUCAGCUCAGCACUAGAGGGCACACUUACACAGUGCCAUGCCACCCCAUGGGCCUUCCACUAGAGGGCGCACUCACACAGUGCCAUGACACUCCAUGGGACUUCCACUAGAGGGCGCACUCACACAGUGCCAUGCCACUCCAUGGGCCUUCAUCUGCUCUGCUACCUGAGUGGGAUUGAUUAAUAAUCAUGAGUGGGAUUGAUUAAUAAUCAUGAGUGGGAUUGAUUAAUAUUCAUGAGUGGGAUUGAUUAAUAUUCAUAAAUGAGAUUGCUUAAUAUUCAUAAGUUCAUUUGCAUUGCAUAGUAUUUACAGAAUGUGAUUAAUGCUUAGUGACUUUGGAAUGAAGCACAGGUAGUUGAUGAAAAUGUACACGUUUGUUAAUGAAUUUACUAAUAAAAUAACUGAUUUCUA